GGGACCUUCUUCUUCUAAUUCUAAAUCUGACUUUCAUUUCUCCACAUUUCUCUCUCCAUAUAUAAUGCUGUAUAGUUCGUUCUGUUAAACGAAUUUUUCACCUUUUCCACACAUUCUCUCUCUUUUACUUUUUUUUCUUUCUUUCUCAAUCGAUUAUUAUUAUUUGAUUCAUUCAUUUUAUAAAAUUUUCAAACUUUUUUCCUGUACAUAGAUCAAUCGAAUCGAAUCAUUUGUUUGAUUGUUGAUUGCUGUUAGUUAAUCUGUCUUCUUCUUGUCGUGGGUAUUUUCUUCAUCGUUAAUAUUCAUGGCGUAUAGAAGAAAACAAGGGAUAACUAGGGUUUCAACUUUUAAAGAAGAAAUCUUAUAUCCUAAACCACCACCUGAUGACAGCAACAACAUCAACAUCAACAAUUCAUCAUCUUCUUCUUCUUUGGCUGCUCAAGCAAUCAGGGCUUCUUCUGCACAUCGUGAUUCUUCAUUUUCUUCUGCUUAUGGAGAAUCUGCUCUUUCUUCUUCCGCUCAUAAAGAAACUGCAAGGGCUAAAUCCUUCCCCACCAGACAGGAUUCAACAUCCUAUCAGUAUACAUCGAUUAAAAGUAUGAAUGAGCCAAAAUAUGGAUUUUGGGGUGUUCUUGCUAAAAAAGCUAAAUCGAUACUUGAGGAUGAUAAUGUAUCCCAGCAAUUUGACACGCCUACCAAAACCAAACCUCUGGCAGUUGAUACAACAGUAGGGGAUCAGGUCCAGCAUACAUAUCGAUCACCUGAGAGUGGUCGGAAGACAGAAAGUCCUUCGCUACAGAAGGGUAUCGAAGCUAUAACCUCUUCUCUUAAUUUUAUUGGUGGCACAGUUGGCAAUGCGUUGGAGGAGGGAUUGACAAUUGUGGAGCACAGAACUCAGGAUAUCAUCCAAGAAGCUCGCAAACUGCAUAUAAAGAGGAAGGGAAACAAUCCCGAGACUCAGAAUCAUGUAACUCUCACGGAGCUGUCUAAUUCACAGCAGCAACUCAAAAUGCAGACAGACAGAGAAACUCAACUGAAGGCAUCUCGAGACGUUGCAAUGGCGAUGGCCGCAAAAGCCAAGCUUCUGCUACGGGAGUUGAAAACUGUCAAAGCGGACCUUGCCUUUGCGAAAGAGCGAUGUGCUCAGCUUGAAGAGGAGAACAGAAUUCUUAGGGAGAGUCGUGAGAAGGGAGACACCCCUGAAGAUGAUGAUCUGAUACGACUUCAAUUGGAGACACUAUUGGCAGAGAAGGCUCGGUUGGCUCACGAGAACUCCAUUUAUGCUCGUGAAAAUCGGUUUUUAAGGGAAAUAGUUGAAUACCAUCAGCUAACAAUGCAGGAUGUAGUGUACUUAGAUGAGGGUAUCGAAGAGGUCACGGAGGUACACCACUUCCCCUCAGAACCCAUUGACGACACAUGCUCCCCAUCCUCCUCCUUUAUUAGCAUACCCACGCCUCCUCCUCUACCACCUGCUUCACACACCCCUCAUACAGUGAACAAGAGCAGUUCUCCUGAUUCUAUUGUUCCGUCACAACCACCAGUUGUCAAGGAGAUCCCAGUUUCAUCAAGUCCCAAGAAUUCUGAUAGCUGAAUUUGGGAUUAAAAAAAAUCAGAAAUUCCUCUUAAAUUAUCCUUUGGCUUGAAUAGAAUUUGCAUUGCCCUUUUUCUCUCUCGCUGUCUUUCAGUCCAAGGUUUGUGUAUGUAACAUCAUUUUUUUUCUUUUACAUGUUCUCCUUAAAAAUUAUAUAUCGAUGUAACACUGUAACUGUGCCUUUGUUAGCAAUUUGGGUUUUGUUGUUUACACUAAUAAGAUACCCGACUUGUUCCCUCUAUGUAUGCUGUCAGUGUGAGAGUUGCUGCAGUUAGUGUUUCGGCCUUUGAGUGUGAUUAUUUUUUGUGUUGAAAAUUGUCGUCAAUUCUCUGAACUCUAAAGUCUGAACUUGUAAUCAUUUACAUUCUUUAAGUGCAAA